CAACCCCUUCAUCGGUCUGUAUCACAAGUGUUAACUGAUAAAUCAAUGGCUUGGAUUUAUCUAUGUAAUAUAAUGGAUAACAAUCAACGGCUCAGAUUCUUCAAGAAAGAAAAAUUUAAAACCCUAAGUCUAUAAAGCCUCCUUCUCUUUCCAAACCCUAAAUCAGCCGCCUCCUUCCUCUUCCAAACCCUAAACCUAAAAUGACCCGCAACCUUCAUCAGCCCCCGCGGCCGCAACCUCCGACAUCAAUCAAUCAAGACAUCGCGACCUUCAUCAUCCCCCCGCAGCCGCGACCUCCACCGUGACAUUCAUCAUCUCCCCGCAGCCGUGACCUCCAUCAUUAAUCAAUAAAGCCACCCGCAGCCACCUCCUUCCAAACCUCAGUGCGACCUCCAUCACUAAUCAAGCCACCCGCAGCCACCUCUUUCCUUGGCUUUUCCAACUAAGGAGAUGGCGAUGAAGGCAAUGCGAGCUUUAAUGACUGUUGUGGGUGAAGCUCUGCGCAAGAUGUUAAACGUUUUCCAAGUUCAGCCGUGUCCAGGCCGUGUCAAGAGUUCUCCAUCUCAUUUAAUUAUGUUUUACCGUGUCAAAGGGUGUCCGACACCGUAUCUGGCCGUGUUGAUGACGUAUCCAUAUCUGACACUGGUACGAUGGGGAAAAUGGUGUGUCCGUGCUUCCCAGCUUGAGAAUGCAGUGGGCUAUGUGAUGGGAGACCAAUACUAUGGUGCAAAGGCCAAUCUUAAUGUUUGGGUACCCAAAGUAACCAGUCCGUCUGAGGUUAGCUUAUCACAGAUAUGGGUCAUCUCUGGCUCCUUUGGAGAUGAUCUUAACACCAUUGAAGUUGGAUGGCAGACGGAUGCUUACCAAGCAACUAGAUGCUACAACCUCUUGUGAUUUGGUUUUGUGCAAACAAACAACAAGAUCGCCAUUGGUGUCGCCAUCUCCCUGACAUUGAGUUACAUGAUCAAGAUGCACACAAGUGUACAUGUCGAUCGGGUAAUAAAGUGUGCUUAAAGUGCAAAGUGUCGGUCCACAGGGAAGGAGGUGAAUACUAGUAAUAACUCUAAAUCUGAAAAUUAGCCUAAUGAGUAAAGUGGUGUGUGUAAACAAAACCAAAAGAAAACUAAGAAAUACGGAAAUAAAACCGGAGAGAAAUCAAGGGAAGAAACGAUGUCUGGGCAUAGUAUUCGUCUAGGGUUAUGAAGUAUAGGACAAAGGUUAUCUAGGUAUGAAACCCUAUUUGAACCGAGAGGUUUCCAUAAUUAUAUUAAACCCCGAUUUCUCAAAUGAAGAGUAAUUGAAUAGGUGUAGAGCUGAUACAGACCUCCACACAAUUGCAUUAAUACUCUAUGAAACUUCACUGUGAGCUAAUAACAAUCCCUUAAGUAGAUAAUCUACCCCAAAAAGAGAGAGGGAGAGAGAGAGAGAGAGAGAGAGAGAGAG